UUCGAUCGAGACGACCAGAAAAAUGGCUUCCUGCGUGACCGUUUUAACAAAUUGCGGUGAAAAGUUGCUGUAGCGAACCCUUAUAAAUAUAAACAUAUCUGUUUCGUUCUGUGACUUAUUUGAAUGUGUUUGUUCACGUUCGAACAUGCAACUAUCAGCAGAUACCUUUGAAGCAUGCUCAAUUUAACAACAUAGGGAAAAAUGACCAUAUUGGAUAGCCAACAACGAACUGCCCUUCACCCUGUAUCCAUCCGUGCUUGAUUUACAGAAAAUCAAUGGUGUUGAGCUGGUAUUGAGUUACAAGACAGACAUGGCAUGCAGAAGGUUCAUGACCUUCAUCUACAAAGAUCUUCAGAGUGUCACCGAUGAUCUUCUAAAGCAGUCGAGGGUGUUAGCUAUCAUGUUCGAUGGCGCCACAGAUGUGUCAGUUUGCGAACAUGAACUGGUGUAUGCAAGAGUGGUAAUAGAAGGGGUUCCUAUGUGUCUAUACGUUAGCAUGAAGGCGGUGGAGCAUGCACAUGCGGAAGGUAUACUGGGGACUAUCGAAGAGGCCAUGCCCAAUAUUGAUGGAAGGAAGGAGAAACUGAUAGCUACUGGGUGUGAUGGCGCCAGUGUCAAUCUGGGUAAAAGUCACAGUGUUACGGCUCUUCUUAAGAGAGAUAAGCCCCAGCUCAUUUCAAUGCACUGUGUGAAUCAUAGAUUGGAGUUAGCUGCGUUGGAUGCUCUUAGACAAAAAGAUGGAUCAGUUCUUGAAGACAUAAAAUCAGUUCUUCUUCAUCUCCACAAACACUACCACUAUUCUGCUAAAGCCUUACGGGAACUAAAAAGCUUGGAAGAAGCCAUGGAUGUGAAAAUGUUAAGACCUGCCAACUUGGAGGGUACACGCUGGAUGCCCCACCUUAGCAGAUCGCUGGCAAUUCUGUUGAAGCCUUAAACCAAUCUUGUAUUUGUUACACAUUUUGUAUACCAGAUGCUUUAGAUGCGUUGGAGACAGCUUGCCUCUGCCUGGUGGCAUUGGAACUUAGACUAGGUAAAAAUCUACAGGGAUUCAUUGAUGCAACCAGUGACCAGCUUACCUUCCAGGGUAUUCAGCUAACACCAUCUACAUCAUCUGAUGAACAACUUAAUGCAAAAAAAACGGUCUUGUGGACAUUCUCAUUGAUCAUAUCUCCAGUAGUAUGAAUGACCUAGACACCUCUCCUGUACUAAAAGCAAUGCAAGUUUUCUUCAUGGUUAACCUUCCUGACACUGAGUGGACCUUGCUACAUAUGGGGAAGACCAGGUCAAAACAUUGUGUGAACAUUUCAAGGUUGACUUGAAACGUAUGGGUUGUCAGUUGGAGCAUAUAACAAGUACAGAAUGGCCAGCUCUGAAAGCCCACAUGUUCAGAAAUAGAACACGUUCUACUGAUGUGAUGUUCAAACAACUGUUAACUGAUCAAAACUUAAAAAUCAGGUUUAAGAAUAUUCUUAUGCUUGUAGAAAUUAUUCUGGUUGUCCCUACUUCCAGUGCUAUUUGUGAGAGAGGAUUCUCAGCCAUGGCCAGAAUCAAGUCUGACUGGAGAGCAUCUCUUCAGCCGGAUAUGCUCAACUGCUUGAUGGCGAUCUCCAUCUCCGGACUAGCAGUACUAUAGGGGAGUAUAACUGGCCCAGAGCAGUUAACUUCUGGUACACCGGAGGACAGAGGCAACGUAGACCUGUGUUUGAUGACGAAGAUGUGGAAGAGAAUCUGAAUGACUAAUUAUUUCAUUAAUGAUCGAAUUUUGGGACAAAUCAACAUUAAGACUAAUUAGACUUGAAUUGCUGUAAUCAUUUUGUUAAAUGUGCAAAAAUAAAAAAAGGUUUUGUGGUG